UGAAGCUCAACUGUCAAGUAAAAAAUAUAUCUAAAAUGCCAAAAUCAGGCUUUAUGGGUUUCGAUGCUUUCGCUAAAACACUAGAAGAAAGCAGGAUCAGAACUAACUUUGGUGCUUACCUAACUAUUAUCUGCGCUAUCUUAAUCUCUUUUCUCACCUUCAACGAAUUCCGAGAUUACAGAGCAGUCGAUUUCAAACCACGCAUUAUCGUCGACCAAUCCAGAAGCGAGAAGCUUCAGUUGAAUUUCAACGUUACAUUCCCUAGAGUUCCUUGCUAUUUGCUCUCUCUAGAUCUUAUGGACGUCAGCGGUGAGCAAGUACGCGAUCUUAGACACGCGAUUGUGCGCACUCGUCUCUCUGAGAAAGGUGAAACUAUCGAUGGUAUGAAAACUGCAGGUAUGAGUGGUUAUCUCAACGAAGUCGCAAAACCACGUGAAUGUGGUAGUUGUUACGGCGGUGUACCACCAAACGAGGAGAAAUGUUGCUACACUUGUGACGACGUUAGAGAAUCAUACGUUAAGCAAGGAUGGUCAUUUGUUAAUCCAGAUGGUGUCAAACAGUGUCUUGAUGAACACUGGGCUGAGAGAGUCAAAGAACAAUCAAGUGAAGGUUGCAAUGUUGCUGGUUUGGUUGAUGUUAACAAGGUUGUCGGCAACUUCCACAUCAGUCCGGGUCGUUCCUUCCAAUCUAACGCUCAUCAUAUACAUGAUUUGGUUCCAUAUCUUAAAAAUGCCAACAAUCAUCACGACUUUGGACAUAUCCUCCAUCACUUUAGCUUCAAGUCUAGCAAUGAACCAGCCGAUACCGACAACUUGAAAGAAAUGCUUAACAUUAACGACCCAUUGAGCAACACAAAAGCACACACUGAAGUAAGCAACUAUAUGUUCCAGUACUUCCUCAAGGUUGUCUCGACUGAUUUCGAUUUCCUCAACGGUGAAAAACUCAACUCACAUCAGUACUCUGCGACUGCUUAUGAGCGCAAUCUUGACGAAAAGGGUAUUUACGCUCAAGAUGGACACGGUCAGACGAUCUUACACGGCGUUGAAGGUUUCCCUGGUGUCUUCUUUAAUUACGAUAUCAGCCCUCUUAGAGUAAUUUACACAGAAUCUCGUCGCUCAUUUGCUAGCUUCUUAACGUCGACAUGCGCGAUCGUUGGUGGUGUACUCACAGUCGCGUCCAUUAUUGACGCUGGUGUUUUCGGUGCAAGACAGAAACUCACUGGUAAAACCCACUCAUCUGCUGAUGGAAAGCUACUCUAAUUUCAUAUUCCCGGUCACAAUGAGAAUGAUGUAAUAUAUGAACAAUAAAGUUUUAUCUAAAAUGCAUUGAUUUCAGC